CAUUGGCAAGCACGGGCUUAGACAUGCAUGAAAAUAUGCCGUGGAUGCUCAGCUCAGGUAUGCCAGAUCAUCCCAGAAAGUCACCCUGAGCUCUGCACCCCACUAUCUCAAGUCAAUACCCGACAAUGUAUGGCCGCCCCACACCGUGACUCAAAUCUUUCUACCACCUCUCCUCCGGUUCAGGCCGGCUGUUCCUCCAUACCUCUCAAAGUUGCGGCUAGGCUCGCUUGCUCUAAACAUUGAUUGUCUGCCUAUAUAUCGCAUCGGAAUCGUCAAAUCGUCUUGCGUUCGUCAAAGACCAUUGCGCAGCAACAAAGAUGCCAUUCCUCAAGGAACCGUGGAAGAAAUACCAGGCUUUCAAGCCGCUGCGUCUGCCGAAUCGAAAAUGGCCUGACAGGGUCAUCGAGAAGCCCCCUCGCUGGCUGUCGUCCUGCCUUCGCGAUGGAAACCAGAGUCUGCAACAACCAAUGAACGGCGAUGAGAAAUGGCGUUUCUUCAAGAUGCUCUGCGAGCUCGGAUACAAGGAGAUUGAGGUCUCAUUUCCCUCCGCCUCCGAAACCGACUUUGACUUCACCCGUCGCCUGGUCGAGACGCCAGGCGCUGUACCCGACGACGUCUUUCUCCAAGUCCUCUCCCCGUGCCGCCCCGACCUCAUCCGCAAAACAGUUGAAUCCGUGCGCGGCGCGAAGAAUGCUACGAUCCACAUCUACCUCGCGACGAGUGCGUGUUUCCGACAAGUUGUCUUUGGAUACACCGAGGAGCAGACGCUGAACCUGGCGGUGGAAUGCACAAAGCUCGUCCGGUCCCUGACCAAGGACAACCCAGACGCCGCCGACACGAAAUGGCAGUUUGAGUUCUCACCCGAGUGCUUCUCCGACACCGAUCCCGAUUAUGCCGUCAAGGUGUGCAGCGCCGUCAAGGCGGCAUGGGAACCCAGCGCGGCAAAGAACGAUCAGAUCAUCUUCAACUUGCCCGCGACAGUGGAGCUUGCGACGCCCAAUAUUUACGCCGAUAUGAUUGAAUAUUUCUGCGACAACAUUGGCGAUAGGGAGGACGUCUGUGUGUCUCUGCACCCCCACAACGAUCGUGGCACAAGUGUCGCGGCCGCAGAGCUGGGUCAGAUGGCGGGAGCGGACCGAGUAGAAGGCUGCUUGUUUGGUAAUGGCGAGAGAACCGGAAAUGUCGACCUGGUCACUCUGGCUCUGAACCUAUACACCCAGGGUGUCAGCCCGGGGAUCGACUUUUCGGAUCUCAACUCGGUGAUUGAAAUGGUCGAAGCAUGCACAAGGAUUCCCGUGCACGAGCGUGCUCCCUACGGCGGGAGCCUGGUCUGUGCCGCGUUCUCGGGCAGCCAUCAAGACGCGAUCAAGAAGGGUUUCCAGAACCGACAAAAGCAGGGCCUGUCCGCCGAAGACCCAUGGCAAGGGAUGCCUUACCUGCCCCUGGAUCCCCAGGACAUUGGUCGUACCUACGAGGCGAUCAUCCGCGUCAACUCCCAGUCCGGAAAGGGCGGCGCAGCCUUUAUUGUGCACUCCAAGUUGCAGCUCGACCUUCCCCGUGGCCUGCAAGUCGCAUUCUCGAGGAUUGUGCAGCAGCGCGCUGAGGAGCUGGGACGCGAGCUCAAGCCCGAGGAGAUUACCAACCUAUUCAAAAAGUCGUACUUCCUCGACGAAACCCCCCGAUUCAACCUCAUCGACUACGCCAUCACGCCUGACAGGGCGCCAUCACCGGCCCCUGCCACCCUAGGCCAGACGCAAGACACCAAGAGUCUCAUGCGUAUCUUUGAGGGUGUCCUGAUGGCCGAUGGACAAGAGUACAAGCUGCGUGGUCGUGGCAACGGGCCGAUCUCUAGCAUGGUCGCGGCCCUGAAGCCAGUUGGCCUAGACUUUGACGUCCAGGACUACAAGGAGCACGCCAUUGGUGAGGGUAGGGGUGUCAAGGCCGCCUCCUACAUUGAGUGCAAGCCUUCGGGCAGCAAGCAGACGGUCUGGGGUGUGGGCAUCCACGAAGAUGUGGUCCAGAGCUCUCUGAUGGCUCUGCUGAGCGCUGCAAGCAAUUUUAUCACCAGCCGGCCCAACAGCCCCCUCCUGAAGCCUGCAGACGCAGUCACCGCGGCCCAGGACGCACCUAGUAUUGUCUCCGUUCUGGAGGAAAAGGCCAACGGUAUCUGAGUGGAGUUGAGAAAGGGGAGAAUAAAAGUUUUACGAGACAGUCCCGUUGGCAGUAGCAGCAACGAAUAGUGGACAGGAAAUGUUGGGAUCCAGGUGGGUUGAUUGAGCACUGGGUUCUGCACGGGUGUUUAUGCGGUUUUGACAGCAAGCUGAAUGAAAGAUGCAAUUCGAGUACCCGCUCAGGCGGUCGU